AUGUCGACCAUCGCCCUUGAGACGCCGUUGGCGGAGGCGCUGAGCAGUGCCGUACACUCCAAGAUCAUCGAGGAAGGCUGGACACAGGAUGACGACACGUCUUUAGCGGAGUAUAUCGUCCUCAUGUUGGCCAACGGAAAGACCCAGGACCAGAUCGCAUCAGAGCUCGCGGGCGAGUUAUUACAGGAUGCGAAAGGCACCACCGAGUUUGCGCAGUGGCUGUUCGAACAAGUCAACACGUUAUCCGGCGGCUCGGCCGCUGCGCCAACAGUCACAUCACAAUCCACCGAACAACAGGCGCAAUUUGGCGCGCAAGGGUCAGCAUCGUCGGAUCCUGCCGAUAAUGCAACCUCGGCCAUCCCUGCCGCGUAUGAUACAGACAUGGUUGAUAACGCGCCCGAGAACGCACCUCGAGGACCCAAAGGCUUACACGGCGGCCGUGCUGCCGGCCGAGGCAACCGAGGAGGCGCGACCAACAAAACCGCCGAUUCGGCCCUCCACCGAGUUCGGGGGAACGACCGAAUAAACACGCACGGCAACGUACGCGGUGCGCCCAAAGGACCGCGUGGUGGGCAGAACCGCGAAAUGCGACCCGGUAUGCAGAAGGCGUUGAAUGGCAUGAGCAUGACCGGGCCUCCAGGCAUGCAGAAUGCCAUGAUGAUGAACGGCGCACAGCAAGGUCCAGGAAUGAUGCAGAUGACGCCUCAACAACAGAUGGAAUUCAUGGCAAUGAUGGAACAACAGACACGCAUGCUGGCUCAGUUCACCGGCAUGAUGCCAGGAGCGGGCAACGGGUUCCCACAGGGCCAACAGAACGGCCAGGGUCGGUCCCUGUUUGAUAGAGUCGAACCCGGUCGUGGUCGAGGAGGCGGCAGAGGGCGAGGCAGGGGAGGCGUCGGGCAAAAUGGCCAUCUCAAGUCCCCCACGAAGACGAAUGACGGAGAUACCAGCAUGGAAGGUGACGGUCAAUCGACGACCGGCGACGCCAUGACGACGACGGAAGGUCAGGAAGCGGGCGACGCCGAGCGAAAACCCCAGGAUCCCUCGACCACCAUGUGCCAUUUCAACCUGCGCUGCACCAAUCCCGACUGCGCGUACGUCCACCAAUCGCCCGCGGCCCCGGAAGGCACCAUCGUCGACAUGUCCGACACGUGCACCUUCGGUCCGGCGUGCAAGAACUCCAAGUGCGUGGCCAAGCACCCUUCGCCGGCCAAAGUCAAGGCGUACCAAGCACAGGAACUCUGCAAGUUCUUCCCCAACUGCACGAAACCAAACUGCCCGUUCAAACAUCCCAGCAUGCCGCUCUGCAGAUUCGGCGCCAACUGCAAGACCCCGAAUUGUGCCUUCACCCACGUCCAGACGGCCUGCAAGUUCAACCCCUGUACGAACCUGAAGUGUCCGUACAAGCACGAGCCCGGCCAGCAAAAGACGACCAACUUCGCCGACUACACGUGGACGCCGGAGAAACAGGCCGAACAAGACGCGGCGAACCAACACGUCAGUGACCGCAAGUUCGUGGACGAUCAAGCAGGCGAGGAGGAGCUCGUCAAGCCCGACGCGAGUGGAAGUGGCGAGACGCAGAUGCGGGAGGAGGUGAUCACCUAA